AUGUUCAGACACACUCUCUCUAAACUCCUGCUACUGUGGUCGCUCAGCCAUGACCUUUACGUAACUGGAGUGCUGCAUUAUAAUCUAAAGGAGCAGUCCUGGCACAACCAGAGCCUCUAUUCCAUUCCUGUGGAUCUGGAUAUGAGGCUUAGAAGACUGGACCUGUCCAAUAACUUCAUCAGACAGUUGCACACACUUGGUCUGCCAUACUUAGAGCAGCUGGACCUGAGUUGCAACCAGCUGGAUCUCAUCUCUGAGAAAGCUUUUGAAAAGCUGGCUCAACUUGAAGAGCUGAAUUUGUCCAGAAAUGCACUGAACAACAACCUUGGCAGUAACAGCAAAGCCCUCCAAUCCAUCAGUAGACUGAGGAGUCUGGACAUAUCAAUGAACAGUUUGAAUGAUGAGGCGGUGGAAUUGUACCUUCGAAACAAAUCUUCUCUUGAUCAACUUAAGAUGACUGGUAACAGCUUAACAAGACUCACACACAGCUUGUUCAAAGAGAGCACAGGUUUGAGGGCCAUUAGUAUUGAUGAUAAUCUGAUAACAGAUAUAGAACAGGGGACAUUUGAACCUCUGGGCAGAUUAGAGACGCUAAACUUGGCCAAAAAUAACCUCGUCUAUAUCUGUGAUUUUAAAUUACAUCAAGUUAAAUAUCUGAAUCUGAGUCGAAAUUCAGUAGAGUUCUUUGUUACACGGGAGGACAACAAGUUGUAUCGGCUUGAAAUCCUUGAUCUGAGUUUCAACAAACUCCUUUAUUUCCCGAUUGUUCCCAAGAUCAAUCGCCUGAGAUAUCUUUAUUUACAGAAUAAUAUGGUUGGUGCUUAUAAUUCAGAGACAACAAUGAUAUCGCAGGUCAACACUCUUUAUGAAGAGGUGCUAAGUGAAGAUGGAAAUGCAGUUGAAAAAAAUAACAUACACUCAAACUGGAGGAUGAUGCCGGUGGUUUAUAUUGACUUGAGCUACAACCACUUCAGGUCUUUUCCACUAGAAACAUUGAGCCCUCUGUCGUCUUUGGAAACCCUGGAUUUCAGCCAUAACUGUCUCCAAAACAUCAUCUUCAAUAUUACAAAAGAUAGCCCAUUUGGAUACCACCAUCAGAUUCUGUUUCCUUCCCUGAAGUACUUUGACCUGCAAAGCAAUGGCCUUGUACACAUUUCCUCCCUCUUUCUUGAGUCACUCACACAGCUGGAGACACUGAAUCUGCAGGAGAAUUUUGUGAAACCUUGUGCCCCCACAGACCCCUUGGGAUCGUCUCAGCCAACGAAUCCUAAUACAUCUUGUGUUGCCUUCUGGAAAAUAAGGACUCUUAAACACCUCAACCUUAAACAAAAUGGUAUCAAGAUUCUUCAUCCGAAAACAUUUGCGAGAACCUCCUUAGUUUCCCUUAACCUUGCCAGAAAUUCAGAUAUGACAAUGCAAGCGGGUGCACUGCAGGGGGUGCAGAGAAGUCUUCGGUCUCUGAUACUGAGUGAAAUCAACAUGACAAGCUGUGAUCUGUCUUUACCCUGCAUGCCAGUGUUAACUCAACUGAACAUCUCCAACAACCAAAUAGACUUUAUACCCAGCAGUUUGAGUUGUGCUCCUCUAAGAGAAAUCGACCUCAGGAAUAAUAAUUUUGUGUCUUUAAAUCAUUCCUUGAUUAACAAUCUGUCUGAACACCUCAGUGUUAUGUAUAUCGGUGGCAAUUAUUUCAACUGCUGUGACAAUGAAUGGCUGACAAUCCUAAAUAAGAUGAAGAUGAAAGUGGCUGACAUUAGCCAUGCUGAAUGCAUUGCAAAUGGAAAAUACAUUGCUAUGAUAGAUUAUUUGAAAAACCCCUCUGUUUAUUGUGUAUUUCAUACACAGACUCCAGAAGUGAGCACUGGACAAGCUAUUAUAAUUUUGCUGUUUGUAUCUGUAAUAUUAACAGUGCUCAUCAUGUUCAUCAGGAAAGUGUGUUGGCACCAACGGUCAUUUUUAGUGUAA